UCCUCAACACGUGACGCUUAUUUAGUGCGCAUGCGCACGCCAAUCUUUCUUUUUCAAGUGCAGUGGAGUCUAGCCCCAGUCUUUGGCUCCGGGCUCCUUCAUAAGGAGACUAAAAGACUGCAAAAUGGGUUUUGUUAAAGUGGUGAAGAACAAGGCCUACUUCAAGAGGUACCAGGUUAAAUUCAGGAGGAGGAGAGAGGGAAAGACUGACUUCUUUGCUCGCAAACGCCUGGUCGUCCAAGAUAAGAACAAGUACAACACACCGAAGUAUCGCAUGAUCGUCCGUUUCACCAACAGGGACAUCAUCUGCCAGAUCGCCUAUGCCAAGAUCGAGGGAGACAUGAUCGUGUGUGCUGCCUACUCACAUGAGCUGCCAAAGUAUGGCAUCACCGUGGGUCUGACAAACUACGCAGCAGCCUACUGUACUGGUCUGCUGCUCGCCCGCAGACUCCUGAACAAGUUUGGCCUGGAUAAGGUGUACGAGGGCCAGGUGGAGGUGACCGGGGAUGAGUUCAACGUGGAGAGCAUUGAUGGUCAGCCGGGAGCUUUCACCUGCUACCUGGAUGCUGGGCUCGCCAGAACCACCACAGGCAACAAGGUGUUCGGUGCUCUGAAGGGAGCCGUGGAUGGAGGCCUGUCCAUCCCACACAGCACCAAGCGCUUCCCUGGGUAUGACACAGAGAGCAAGGAGUUCAACGCAGAGGUCCACCGUAAACACAUCAUGGGCGUCAACGUGUCCGAGUACAUGAGCUUACUGAUGGAGGAGGAUGAGGAGGCUUACAAGAGGCAGUUCUCCCGCUUCAUCAAGAACGGCGUCACCCCAGAUAUGAUUGAGGAAAUGUACAAAAAGGCUCAUGCUGCUAUCCGUGAGAACCCCGUUCAUGAAAAGAAACCUCCCAAGGAGGUCAAGAAGAAGAGGUGGAACCGUGCCAAGCUCUCUCUGGCUCAGAGGAAGGACCGCGUCGCCCAGAAGAAGGCCAGCUUCCUCCGGGCUCAGGAACAGGAGGAGGCGGACUGAGGCAUCAGUCUGCUCCGGUCCGAAUGCAGAAAAUUGUUCUAAUAAAUGUGGAAAAGAC